GCGAAGGACCAACUGCGUCGCGAGAGGUACUACAAUCGGCGUGUUCGGCAGGACACGACGUUCGAAGUUGGAGACUUGGUGUGGGUGCUCAAGCCUCCACGAGGCAAGGUCAUCUCGAAGUUGGCCCAUCAGUGGGUGGGCCCGGCGAGGAUCGUGCUGUCGGCAGGGGUCGACAACUGGGAGGUCGUGCGCGACGACACGGACGAGCAUUCAAUCGUCCACUGCAGCUUC